AUGGCUACACAGGUGUUGAUUGCCCAUACGGGCCAGCGGCUGGAAGUCGAUACCGCGCAGUUCGCCAGUCUUGACGACCUGCGAUCGUGGGUGGCUCGGAAUAGCGCCGUUUCGCUGCAGCACAUUGUUGCCUUGACGCCCCAGGGCCGCAGCGUGAAAUGGGCGAGUCUACACGCAGAGAAGGAGAUAUACAUCUACGACAUCCGCGUCACGCAGCCGUCCUCUGCCGGGAGUGCGUCAUCACUCAUAUCGGAGGCCGCGCCGCCUCGCCGCCCGUCCAUCCCCAACGCCCCGAACUCGAUCGACGAUGUCCAAGCGAUCAAGUCAUGGCAGGAGCUCUGCAGGGAGCGCCGCACCUGGGCGACGCGCAUCAUGGACGACUGCGCCCAAUUGAACGCCGCCGCGCAGGCCCGAUACGACGAGAUUGACGUGAUGAUCCGAUGCCUCGACGCCGCCGUCACGAACGUCGAGAUCAGUGUCAAGCAGAUUGAGCCAAAGUACAACGACUUGAAGAAAUGGGUGACGCCGGCCUUGGCGGAGCACGAGCAGCUGGUUUCCUCGUGGGAGCGUUAUCUCGACCUGGCAAAGAGCAUACCGAUAUCGCCAGCCUUGGUCAAGUUCAUGACCCGUGGACAGGUGAACAAGGCCAAUCCUACGCUGGAAGACCUGAUCGAGCAAGAGACGGCCAACAAGGCUGGCAAGCUGGCUCCUACAGCCCAUCGAAGGUUCAGCCAAAAGGCCAGCGAGCUGGACGGAGCGGCGACCCAGAUGUACCAGGCGCUGGAAGCACUCGUUGGGGAGUUCAACAACUUGAUGAAUCGGUCGGUCUUGGGCCACAGCACCGAUUCUUCGCAGCUGAUGGAAGAUAUCGAGGUGGUGGUUAAGCAGAUCGACUCGGACUAUCGUACAUCGCUCACCUACGGCAACACGCAGCGAGAUCUGGCUCAGGCUUCCAAAACGGCGUCGAUUCACACCGAAAGGCUGGUUCCGACUCUGCGGAAGCGUGCAAAGGAGAUGGACGAGAUGGCCCAGUACGCCACGCAGGCACGAAAUACCAUUGCGGCAGACUCAGUGAACUUUAUGCGAAACAUUACCGAAAUCACCACCCUGCACAGCAGCGUCAGGAAUCAAAUCAACGUCUUGAACCAGUCCGAAGACGAUAUGACUACCUUUGACUAUCUGCGGCUCAUCCAGCAGCUGCCGUACAUGUACGCCUCUUUCAUGGUCGAGGCUAUUCGUCGACGCGAGUGGAUCGACAAGAUCAAGACCGACUCAUCGACCCUCGCCAAUGAGAUGGCCCUGUUCCAGGAUGAAGAGUCCAAGCGCCGCAAGAAGUGGCAGAAGAUGGUUGGCAGCAUGUACGGGCCUGGCCUUGACACCAACGUCAUGGGGCUCGAGGUCAACCUCCGCGGCGAAGACCUGUCCUGGCCUGCCAUUGGAAAAUCCGAGCUGGAAGAAUUCCUCCAGUUGCUGCAGGAGCGAAAUGUAGACCAAGAUAUUGUUGACGAUGUCGCGAAGCUGCUCCAAGAGCUCACCACCCCGACUAAGCAGCAGGCCAAGAGGCUCAAGGCAUUUAAGAACGGCAGCGUGCACGAGGCGGCGUUGGGAAGAAGCGGGCUCAUGAUCCGCGGCGACGAAGAUCUCAUCGCCUCCCUGCAGGACGAGAAGCUCAGGCUGGAAAAUAAGCUCAAGACAGCCGACAGCAGGGUGCGCCGCCUUGAGGAUCUCUUGCACCGUCAGAGCCAAGCCUCGCGCCCCGGCAAUCUGUUUGCGCUGCCGGGGGCGAACGGACACUCGAGGCAUAAUUCCAUCUCGUCGAUCAAGUCGGCUCAGCAGCUCUCGCAGCGGAUAGCGCAGCUGGAGAACGAGCUUCGCGAGGAAAAGAAGCGCUCGGCAGAGCUCCAGAAAGACCUCGAUAAUCGCGUCAACGAGCGAGAUGACAUGAAGGAUAGAAUCGAAGAAAAUAUGGAAGCUUUGAAACGGGAAUUCAUGGACGAGAGGAUAUCUCUGGAGAACGAGAUCAAGACGCUCAAGGCUCGACUGGAAGAUACGGAAGAAGAGAUGGACCACUUUGGAGAGUCUCGAGAGAACGAAAAGGCUACUUUUGACGAGAAGAUUCAAGCUCUCGAGGCGGAAAUUGAGCAGCUCAACAAGGAACGAAAGGAUGAUAUGCUCAAGUCCCAGGGCCAGAGGGAUCAGCUCGACGCUUCCGAACGACGGCUGCGCACGCUGCGGGAAGAGGCCCGGGUUACAACCAAGAAGCUCGAGUCGGUAGAAGAGAAGCUGCAUAACGAGCUAUCGCCCGACACCGCCAUGCCUACUGACGAGGCAGACUUGGGCGAGGCUCUCCUCUCCAACGCCGCUGAUUUCGUAGAAAAGCUGCGUAACUCGAGCAGCGACACAUCGAUUUUGCGUUCGGAGCUUGACAAGGCCCUCAGCGCCGCCAAGGAGCUCCGAGCCGAACUGACGCAGAUGAAGGACAACCUCGCCUCGCAGGAGAUGUCUACGAUGCAUGCUCGUGAGAACCUUGCCGAGGAAAAGGCCAAGGUUUCGGCUCUGGAACGCGAAGUGGCCGAGAGCAGGGAGGAGCUGAACCAACUCCGCAGCCGGCUGUCCGAUGGCGAGACCGGAUCCGAGACGCUCCGCAAGAAGCUUGAAAGGGAGGAGAAGAAGGUGACGGAGCUUUCAGAAGAGGUUGCGUGGCGGCAAUCCCAACAGAGAUUCGAAGACGUCCAGUCGAAGCUCUCGGCCCUCACGGCGCAAUACGAAGCGCGUGACGGGCGGACCAAGGACCUCACCCAGAGGCUCUACUCUCAGAAUGACCGUCUCACCAGGCUCCUCGAACGCAUGGUCAUCACGAGGGUGUCUCGUUCCGACAAGCUUGCUGCGAAUCCCAACGAUUCUUCGGAUCCUGGCUCUUCGAUCCGCCGCGCUGAUCUGGAGCUCCUCUACUGGGUCAACAACUCCGACCCCUCUAAGCUGGGCUCCUUCGAUACCGACUUGUUCUCCGACACCAUCUACCACAGGUGGCAGCGGGAGGCUAGAUCGUACAGAGACCGGGCGCACAGCUUACAAAAGGACUCUCAUAACAAGAUUGCGUUUAGGAACUUCAAAGAAGGCGACCUGGCGCUUUUCCUGCCCACCCGCAACCAGCAAGCCGGAGCCUGGGCUGCCUUUAACGAUGGCCAUCGGCUGCGUCACCGCGAGUGGCUUGUUGCUCGCAUCUCUAAAAUCCAGGAGCGUGUCGUGGAUCUCUCCAAGAGCCUGCAGCCGAGCAACGAAACCGACUCCAAUGACGAGGACAACGACAACCCCUUCCAGCUGUCGGACGGCCUGCGAUGGUAUCUCAUAGACGCUCAAGAGGACAAGGCAGGGGCGCCGGCAACGCCAGGGAUGGGUAAAUCAACCGUUGCGGCCAAUAACGGCAAAGGGAGGAGCCGGGACAGCAUCACUAGCAUCGAAGGCAUCAACAAGACGCUCUCGGCGUCUAAGAAGGCCCUGCCCGCGCUGGCGAGCGAGACCAACUCUCUCCGUGCCGCUGCGCCCGAAACGCCGACGGCGACCAGCCCGGUCCAGGGCAGCCGAGGCGAGUCGUCUUCGCAGGACAAGUCGGGAAAGGACCCCGAGGUACGAGCCGUUGACUCUCUACUUGGGCCCCCACUGAGGACCUCUGUCUUGUGGGACCAACUCUGGAGCCUGGACUUUAGCUAUGAGAGCGCGCCCAAGAAGCGGUGA